AUAAAGAGGAAGAAGAAGAAGAAGAAGAAGGUCGUGGAGAGAUGGCUGAGAGCGGCACUCAGCUGUUUGCCCGCCUGGAGGCCCGUCGCUGCCUGAAGGACAUUGAGCCUCGGUUGUUUGCUGAUGAUGGAGGACCUGACCAUGGUGAGGUGGUGGAGUUGUAUGGUCCGGAGGGGACAGGUAAGACAGAGCUACUCUACCACCUUCUGUGUCGGUGUGUAUUGCCAGUGGCGGCUGGCGGUCUAGAGGUGGACGUUGUCUUUGUGGACACUGACUACAGUCUGGACAUGUUCCGGCUGGUCAGCAUCCUUGACAACCGACUGAACGCAGGUGUUUCCACAAGUUUGACAUCAGCCAGGUCAAAUGAUGCAGCACUACGUUCCUGUCUUUCUCGCCUCCUGGUGGUCCACUGUUGCUCCUCCUCCCAGCUCCUCCUCACUUUUCAUUUCCUGGAGACCACGUUAUCUUCUCGGCCCAGUGUGGCUCUCCUUCUCAUUGACAGCAUCUCAGCGUUCUAUUGGCCGGAUCGCAGCGAGGGCGGAGCCAGCGUCACCAGGCAGGAGGAGAAACUCAGCAAGUGUUCCGAGCUCAUGGCACGACUGCUCAGGGACUACAGAAUCACCAUCUUUGCAACCUGCCACACCAUCAGGAGGAGUUCCAGUGGACCGUCUUCCUCGUCCUCCGCCUCAGAACCGGACCGGUCAUAUCUCUGUCGCUCCUGGCAGCGUCUGGUGACCCACCGGCUGCUCUGCUCCAGACAGGAAGCUGAAAAUAAGCUGGCCCCCGCAGAUGGAGGGAACAGAGAGCUGAGAAGCCGGCAGGUCUUCAGCGUCCACUGCUCUUCCUCCUGGAUGGGGACCAAAGCUUCCAGGGUCAGCUCCUUUACAGUGACGGAUGGUGGGGUGGAGUUUACCUGAACCCUUGGACCUCCUCGUCUUCCUGCUCGACUUUAAAGACUUAAUGCUGGUCUUUUUAUUUAAGGUUAUCUGAAUCUAACAUGUUAAAGGUGAAUAAAACCAGAGAGGCACCAGAA